UAUAUUGGAUCCUAUCGAGGUUGCACUUUCCUAUUUAAUAUAAUUUUGCUUGCGAAAUUUCGUCCGUGGACAUCUUGGAUGCGUCCAAGUCAAGUAAUUCAUUUUAUUUUAUAUUACUCUCAAUGUCUCUUGUUAAUUUUUUUUUUUUUUUGGACACUUUGCUGACGGAUGAGGUGCAUUGCGACCAUAGAGGCAUUUGUAGGCGGUAAACUGCUUUAUGGUAUUUCUCCACAAAACAUUUUGAGGUGUCUGGUCGUGUACAAAUGGACCCAGAGGUAUUUCAGUAAAUUUGGAAACUUGUAUAACGCCGCUGCCAUCUUGGGAAAUCCCAAAGUUGCUGCCCACGGCUUGACGGUAAUGCGUGGUCUGGAGAAAGCUGUGAAGAACAUGGACAACAUUAAGAGCACUUACGCCGACUUGAGUGUGCUGCACUCUGAACAACUGCACGUGGAUCCCCAAAACUUCAGGCUGUUGGCUGACUGCAUUACCAUUGUAGUUGCCUCUGUCCUGGGUGCUAGCUUCACAGCUGAAGUGCAGGCAGCUCUGCAGAAGUUCCUGGCGGUCAUAGUCUCCGCACUCGGGAAACAGUACUAUUAGAUGCUGAAUGUGCUUUUAUGGCCAGAGAUUUAUCAGAAAUUAUCGGAAACUAUCUGCGUUGAAGUGGAACUUUUGUUGUUUAAAGCAAAUAAAUGUUAUAAUAAUCAGUACUCGGUCAUGUCUUGUGGUUCUUAAUAAACCAUUUAUUUGUGAGGUAGACGAUUACAACCAACUUCCAAAGUGAUUUCAAAUAAAUACAUUUUGUAAUUGAUAUG